GCGCGGGGACGGGACGGGAGCUGAUAUAAACGUGCUGCCCUCCAGUCGGGGCUAUCAGGGGAUAAGAAAACAGCGCUACCUGUGUCACUGACCUCCGGCGCUUCAAACGGACAGCGGGACGCGCCGAGCUCCGGCCCCUGUGGAGCGGCCAGCGGCCAUGGCCACGCUGGAGGGCUGCCGCUGUCGGGGUGCCAGCGGCCGAAACAACAGCAGCAGCAUCCUCUACAGCAUUUUGAAGAGUGACAGCAUUGCGACCGCAGAGGAGGAGCAGCGGCAGCAGCAGCAGCAGCAGCAGCAGCAGCAACAACUUCCCCAACAACAACAACAACAACAACAAACGCUGCCACACUUGUUCCACAAGACUUCCUCCUCCUCCGCCCCAGCCUCGCUGCAGGAGCUCCGGCAGCAGGCUUGCUCCUGCGGCUCGACUCGGCGCCGAGGUAUCCUCCGCUCCCCGCAGGUGACGUGCAAAGCCGCGUCCGCGGUCCUGGUGAAGACGCUGCGCUUCGUGAAAAACGUCCCCUGUUUUCGUGAGCUGCCGGAGGACGACCAGCUGCUGCUGAUCCGGAGCGGCUGGGCGCCCCUGCUCGUGCUGGGGCUCGCACAAGACCGGGUGGACUUUGACACCGCGGAGACCGUGGAGCCCAGCAUGCUGCAGCGCAUCCUCACGGGCUUACCGGACAGGCAGAGCGAGUUUCCGGCCGGUCAGAGCAGAGGGGCAGCCGGCGUCUCUGUCGUAGAUAUCGAGGCUAUCAAAGCUUUCCUGAAGAAGUGCUGGAGUGUGGAUAUCAGUACCAAGGAGUAUGCGUAUCUGAAAGGAGCCGUGCUGUUCGACCCAGAUCUGGAGGGCCUGCGCUGCCUCCACUACAUCCAGUCGCUGCGCCGGGAGGCGCACCAGGCUCUGAACGAGCACGUCCGGCUGAUCCACCCCGAGGACACGACGCGCUUCGCCAAGCUGCUCAUCGCCCUGUCCAUGCUGAGGGCCAUCAGCCCGCCGGUGGUCGCCCAGCUCUUCUUCAGACCCGUCAUCGGGACCGUCAGCAUAGAGGAGGUGCUCAUGGAGAUGUUCUACGGGAAGUAGGUCCGGGGUGAAUUUAGCAGACCCGGCUGCCGGGCGGACCGAAAAGCUCCAAGCUCUUUUUUUGGGGGGGGUGGGGAGUGAGGGCGGGUGAAGAAUGACACGAGGCACAGAGUUUACGGCUACUGGUGUGUGGGAGAUCUUCAAAGGCUGUGAAACGACCGGCACGGGCGAGAGACAGUGUGUGCGCGUGAGAGAAUGACAGAGAGCGCGUCGAGGGUAAGAGUUGUUAUAAUAGAGGAAAAAUACAAAGCAGC